AUGGCCAGGUUGUUAAGCCACAUUCAUGCCCUUACGGCGAUUGGACUGGCACAAAUCGACUCUUAUGAGCGGGUUGGCAUUGGCAAGAUGUGCACUGGAGGUCUGAUCGGUUGGGGCGACAACAACCGUGACAUGCCAGUCAGAAGAGUUACCAAGAAUCACUGGGAAGUCAGGGUCAAUGAUGCAACUUCAAACUCAUACGCCAUGGUAUCUGGCAUAAUUGGCGCCCUUCUCGACCCGAAGCCUUUGAAUAUUGAGGGAGCUACUAAGUUCACCCUGUUCUACUCAGAAGAGGAGAGACAAAAGAUGGGAUUGACAAAACCGCUACCAGGUUCGUUAGAAGAAGCAUUGAAAGAGCUUGAAAAUGACAUGGAGUGGGCCAUCCAUGUUUUGGGUCGGGAGUAUGUUGAGUGGUUUAUUGCACUCAAGAAAGCAGAGAUUGAGACUUUGUCCAAGAUGGAUGUAAAGGAGAGGAGACUUCUGCUGCUCGAUACUUUUUGA